UUCCUCCACCUCUAUCUCUAUGUGUUGUUGUUAGGAGCAGGGGAGUCAGUUGUGGGAGAUUGGUUUACCUUUAAAUACUUACAUUGGAAAUUUGGAUUUUUCUUAUUUAGUAUGCUGGCUUUGUAUACUGAAAAUCUACCAGAUAAUACUGCAAAUGAAUAUGUGACUAUGCUGAUGUCUCUGUCCAGAAUAGGCUUCCUGAUGGACCAAGAUGGACAAAGACAAUCUAACUGUGCUGAAUGAAUUCAUCCUGAUGGGAAUCACAGACCGCCCUGAGCUGCAGGCUCCAUUGUUCGGGCUGUUUCUCAUCAUCUACGUGAUCUCAGUAGUGGGCAACUUGGGCAUCAUCAUCCUCACCAAGAUAGACUUCAAACUGCAAACACCCAUGUAUUUUUUUCUCAGACACCUUGCUAUCACUGAUCUUGGUUAUUCAACAGCUGUGGGACCAAAAAUGUUGGUAAAUUUUGUUGUGGGUGAGAACACAAUCUCCUUUUAUUUUUGUGCUACACAGCUGGCUUUCUUUAUUGUGUUCAUAACUAGUGAACUUUUUAUUCUGUCAGCAAUGUCAUAUGACCGCUAUGUGGCCAUCUGUAACCCUCUGCUCUACACAGUCAUCAUGUCCCAAAGGACAUGUUGGGUGCUGGUGGUAAUCCCCUAUCUCUACAGCAUGAUUGUUUCUCUUCUCAUCACCAUAAAGAUAUUUGAUUUAUCCUUCUGUGGUUAUAACGUCAUCAGUCAUUUCUACUGUGACAUUCCCCCCUUGUUCUCUUUGCUCUGCUCAAACACACAUGAAAUUGAAUUAAUCCUUCUGGUCUUAGUAGCUUUUGAUUUGAUUUCAUCUCUCCUAAUAGUUGUUGUUUCUUACCUGCUGGUUCUUGUAGCCAUUAUCAGAAUGAACUCAGCUGAGGGCAGGUACAAGGCCUUCUCCACCUGUGGCUCCCACCUGACAGUGCUGGUAGUGUUCUAUGGGACUUUAUUCUUUAUGUACAUUCAGCCCAAGUCCAGUCACUCUUUUGACACUGAUACAGUGACUUCCAUAUUUUAUACUCUGGUUAUUCCCAUGUUGAAUCCCUUGAUUUAUAGCUUGAGGAACAAAGAUGUAAAAGAUGCCAUACUUAAGACAUGGGAAAAAAUAAGCAAUGUAUUUUCUAAAGUUUGAUGUAACAUAUGGUUCUUACAAAUUACAUUAUGGACUUCAAACCUUGUCUGUGUUUUUUCCAAUGGAAAUAGCGAGCACAAAUAUAUUCAACAUAUGUUCAUAAAUUGCCUUCUAUGUGCCAGUUACUCUUCUAAGUGCUGUAAAUGCAUUGAUUAACAAAACAGAAUAUUUGCCUUCCUUGAAGGGGAGAGGUGAGGUGGGUCACAAACAUAAUAAUUAGGUAAAAUUUAUAGCAUAGAAGAAUAUCUUGGGGUCCUAUGGAACAGUGGUUAAAGUAUUUGGAUGCUAACCAAAAGGUCAGUGAUUCAAAGCCACCAGUCACUCCAUGGGAGAAAGAAGUGGCAGUCAUCUUCCAUAAAAAUUUACUUCCUUGGAAACCCUAUGAGACAGUCCUACUCAGUCCUAUAGGGUUGCUAUGAGAUGGAAUCUACUUGAUGGCAGUAGGUUUAGCUUUAUCAGAAUAUGUUAGAAACCGUGAAAUCAGGCAAACAGAGUGGAUAUGCUGAGUGGGAGUGGGAAAAAUUACUACGUACAAAAGUGGAGUUACAAAGAUUCUGGUAUUUUUUUCAGCUCUUUAAUAAACUUUGCAAUGUCAGCAUGUGUUUUAGUGUUUGUGUGUAUGUUUGUGUAAGCCCUUGUCUUCCUUUUUAUCCUUCCUAUUCUUCUGAGGGGUGUAUUAGAUCUGGACCAGGUUGCAAGGAGUCUUAGUGUAUGUGAUGAUUUAAAGUACUCAAUUAUCCGAAUUUACUCAAAUGUUCCAUUCCAGACCUUGGAGCUCCACUCUUUACUGGUUAAAGCCUUUACUUUUACAUGGACAUCUGUUAACUCAACAUACCUUGCAACUUAGCAAUCCACAGGGUCAGCUCUGCAUCUGACUUUGUUUUAAUCAACCAAUUUUGCCUAUAUCAGAAUAUACAUCAAUUAAGAUAAAUUUCUUGAUGGCCACCCUAGAGUUUCCUGGUUUUACAAUUCUUUCUUCACAGGUUGUUCCUAUUAAAUAAUCAUAUUUUUUGC